AUGUUUAAAAGCAAAUUAUUAUUGUUAUCAUCAUCAUCAUCAUCAUCAUCAUCAUCAUCAUCAUCAUCAUCAUCAUCAUCAUCAUCAUCAUCAUCAUCAUCAUCAUCAUCAUCAUCAUCAUCAUCAUCAUCAUCAUCAUCAUCAUCAUCAUCAUCAUCAUCAUCAUCAUCAUCAUCAUCAUCAUCAUCAUCAUCAUCAUCAUCAUCAUCAUCAUCAUCAUCAUCAUCAUCAUCAUCAUCAUCAUCAUCAUCAUCAUCAUCAUCAUCAUCAUCAUCAUCAUCAUCAUCAUCAUCAUCAUCAUCAUCAUCAUCAUCAUCAUCAUCAUCAUCAUCAUCAUCAUCAUCAUCAUCAUCAUCAUCAUCAUCAUCAUCAUCAUCAUCAUCAUCAUCAUCAUCAUCAUCAUCAUCAUCAUCAUCAUCAUCAUCAUCAUCAUCAUCAUCAUCAUCAUCAUCAUCAUCAUCAUCAUCAUCAUCAUCAUCAUCAUCAUCAUCAUCAUCAUCAUCAUCAUCAUCAUCAUCAUCAUCAUCAUCAUCAUCAUCAUCAUCAUCAUCAUCAUCAUCAUCAUCAUCAUCAUCAUCAUCAUCAUCAUCAUCAUCAUCAUCAUCAUCAUCAUCAUCAUCAUCAUCAUCAUCAUCAUCAUCAUCAUCAUCAUCAUCAUCAUCAUCAUCAUCAUCAUCAUCAUCAUCAUCAUCAUCAUCAUCAUCAUCAUCAUCAUCAUCAUCAUCAUCAUCAUCAUCAUCAUCAUCAUCAUCAUCAUCAUCAUCAUCAUCAUCAUCAUCAUCAUCAUCAUCAUCAUCAUCAUCAUCAUCAUCAUCAUCAUCAUCAUCAUCAUCAUCAUCAUCAUCAUCAUCAUCAUCAUCAUCAUCAUCAUCAUCAUCAUCAUCAUCAUCAUCAUCAUCAUCAUCAUCAUCAUCAUCAUCAUCAUCAUCAUCAUCAUCAUCAUCAUCAUCAUCAUCAUCAUCAUCAUCAUCAUCAUCAUCAUCAUCAUCAUCAUCAUCAUCAUCAUCAUCAUCAUCAUCAUCAUCAUCAUCAUCAUCAUCAUCAUCAUCAUCAUCAUCAUCAUCAUCAUCAUCAUCAUCAUCAUCAUCAUCAUCAUCAUCAUCAUCAUCAUCAUCAUCAUCAUCAUCAUCAUCAUCAUCAUCGUCAUCAUCAUCAGAAAUACAGUCAUGCUUUUAA